GCGAUGAGAGUGUUAAAUUUCACGUAUGUACAAUUCCCUGAGCUUGCAACUGCCGGACAUGCCUCCUGACUUUGUAUCCACGAUACAGAAAUCUGGCAACCAGCCCAGCCACCAAGAUGAGUAGGCCACGCAAAAAGAUUUUGAGGGGCCGAGAUGCAAGAGUCGAUUCCAUAUCUGGUGUAUACGAAGCAAUUAGGUCGUACAGUAUCUGGAGGGAGCUCAACAAAUUGAUGCUUUACACGCAUAUUGACUGGGACUCAUUGAUAUGGAAUCCUCUUAUCUGGAAGCAUGUCUUGCAUUAGAAGGCCGACGACCCGCUUACAUCUUUGGAGCUGCUGCUAUGUAUAGCCGAAGGAUCGGAGGAU